AUGAGCACGUCAGAGAAGCGCGAUCCCCAGGACGAUGUAGCCUCCAUCCUCGCUGCCCUCCGUGAGAAUAACCCGGAGGACGCCGAUGCGGCCGCUUCUGCCAUGAAGAUCAAGAUUCGCUCUGCCGAGCCCGAGCCCCAGACCCAGCAGGGCGGCGACGACCUGACCGCCAUCCUCGAGGCCCUCCGCUCCAACAACCCCGACGACGCUAACGCCGCCGAGAGCGCCAUGACCAAGCGGGAGGCCCAGGACGACUUGAACAGCAUCCUUGCUGCGCUCAGCGAGAACAACCCUGAUGACGCGGAUGCCGCCCGCGCGAACAUCCAGAAGAGACAGGAUGAUGUGAACAGCAUCCUUGCGGCGCUGCGUGCCAACAACCCUGAUGAUGCGGAUGCGGCUGCUACAUUGAGCAAGCGCUGGUUGUAA